AUGUUAAAGUUUGCAUUAAUAAUAUUAUUAUUAUUCAUACCAAUUAUUGUUGAAUCUAAAGGCGCAUGGUCUUAUGAAAAUCUAAAACAAUGGGUACGUGGAAAUCGUUAUUGUGCUGGUAAUUUACAAUCACCAAUUAAUCUUCAAUUUGAUAUAUCACAUUAUGACCGCCGUCUUAAACAAAUGUAUUUAGAAGAACGAUAUCCUCGAGAACCAGCCGAACUUAUCAAUAACGGUCAUACAGCACAACUUAAUAUGAAAAAUCAUUUUGUAUUAAAAAAUGUCGCACCUGAGAGUGAAGAUUAUAAAGUUGAACAAAUUCAUUUUCAUUGGGGUCAUUCACAUGAUAAUAAUAAUGGAUCAGAACAUUUACAUGAGGGAAAAUCAUAUCCACUUGAAAUGCAUAUGGUUACUUAUUCCAGUUUGUAUUCAAAUAUUCGUGAUGCUAUGCCUAAUACACGUAGCCUUGCUGUUGUUGGUGUUUUCUUUGAGCUCAGUGACGAACCGAAUCCAUUACUUGAACCGUUAGUUGAUGCAUUACAACAUGUUCGAGGUCAACAUCAAAAAACUAUUGUCAGUGAUGCAUUUAGUGUGAAAGCAUUAAUUGGUGAAGAACGUAUGAGUCGUUAUUAUCGUUAUGAUGGUUCAUUAACAACACCACCUUGUUAUGAAUCAGUUAUAUGGAGUGUUUUAGUAGAUCCGCUGAAAUUAUCUUUUCAGCAACUUCAUGCUUUUAGAUAUUUACAUGAUGAUAAUGCUCAAGUAAUGAAAAAUGUGUAUCGACCAAUACAAACACUUGGUACAAGAAAGUUAUUUCGUAGUUUUCUUUCAAAAGAUAUUGAAGAUGAUUCCAAACAACGACAGUUAAUAGCAAAAAAUCAUGGACAAUAUUUAAAAAAUGAUAUGAAAUUAAUAGUUAUAUUAACUAGUUUACUAAUGAUUGUGCUCUAA